AGCUCUAAAACAUUAUAUUUAUUACAGUAACAUUUUGCGUAGGAAUACGUCAGGAAAGGCAUAAACAAAUGUUGACAGCCGAAUCUGUUUCCACAGAUGCAAGGAACGUGUACAAAGUGCCUAUAGAUGAUUACAUUAAACAAAGGUAUCCUCAAUCCACAGUUGUGAAGGCGAUAACAGAUUGGGUAAGGAAAAAAUAUGUACAAAACCACCUGCACAAGUACGUUAUACGCAUUGUCGUGGUCAAUAGUAGGCGUCAACUAUGCAUGUUGUAUUUCUCCUCAUUUUCUGGGUUUUCAGCGGAUACGGCUCUCGUGGGCAGGUACUAGAUGCAGAAAAUCUACCCAGACAAUGGCAAGACCUUGUAUCAUCAGUUGACCAGAAACUUGGUCGCAUGGAAAACCUGGUGAACGCUAAAGGUCAGCAAAUUGACCAACUGGAAAAUAAACUACAAACUCAAGCUUCCGAAAUAACGUCACUUAAACGUUUAAUGAGUCAAAAGGAUGCUGUUCUAACAAAACUUAUAAGACAAGUUGCGGAUUUGGAGAAUCGUGUGGAUACCAAUCUUGAUACAGAUAUCGGUGGAAACAUACCAGGGAACAACACAGAAUUUCCUGGAGAAUCCCUUCCUUUGACCAAUGGAACUGUUGUGGCUCCUGGUCAGUCGUAUAGUGGCCAUAGGGACAGUCAUUUACGUGCACAAAGUGACGAUAGUGUGAAAAUCAACACUAAACUUAAUCAAGACUCAUCUAAAGAUUUGAUGAGAUCAGCACACUACAAACGUGCAGCGUUACCAGUAUCACGACAACCUGUCGCCUUCCACGCCUACCUCAGUUCAACUAUUACCCUCCAGAAAGGAUCAACAGUAAUCUUCAAUCGCGAGAUGCUGGACCAAGGUGGUGGAUAUAGCCCAUAUGACGGGAUCUAUGAAGUACCAGUGUCGGGCACAUACGUCAUCACUUGGACCAUGUUUUGCUAUGGUCGCAGUGCAUUUCAAAAUCAAUUGGUUGUAAAUGGCAAUACUAGAGGAUCGACAUGGACAGAUUCAGACGAAAUUAAUGACAACCACCAAGCUACAGGAACCGUGAUUAUUUACUUGCAGCAAGGCGAUCGUCUCUUUCUUCGCAUGGGUCAAACUUACCAUGGGAAAAUAUUUGGCGAUUAUAGCUUUGCAUAUCCUACAUUUUCUGGCUGGAAACUUGAUUGAAUUAAUGGUAAAUUCAGUGGACAUAACUAAUCAUAGCAGUAUAAUGUCUAAAUAAUCUAAAAUAUAUUAAAUGAAUGCCAGGAAAAGCAAUUCCUGUUCUGAUGAUAAUUUGUAUGCUGAAAAUAAAUAUUUGCAAAACACAACAUGUAGUAUUUGCCCACUUUUUGCGCUGGAUUUAGAUUAUCAUCCCGGAUUGAGAUAUGUAUCAACUUAUUAAAUUUUCAGCCACUUAUACUUUCCGGUUUUAUUUACACAGUGCGCAUGUUACAUAAUGCG